UUCCCCCAAAAUAAAAAAUUUCAGGAACCCCCCAACCCCCUCCCCCAUCCUCAAUUUCAGGGACCCCCCUCAAUCCUCAACUUCAAGCUCUCCAUCGACAUCGCCACCCAUCUCCAAUCAUCUGAGAUCAUCAACUCCGAUAAGAUCCAGGUCUACCUCAGCCUCGACAUCACCACCAACAAAAUCCCCUCCGCCGACCACCGCGGUGUCCCCCGCCACCUCCUCGGGUCCCACGACCCCGCCUCCUCCUUCUCCACUGACUUUUCCUUCGCCCUCAUCCCUGAGUACCCCAAGCUCGGCAGCCACGCACGACUUCGCCUUCGUCCUCUCCCCAACUACAUCACCAACUCCUCCGACUACAUAUUCGCCGUCGAGUUCGACACUGUACAGGACUUUGAGUUCUUCGACAUCAACGACAACCACGUCGGCGUCGACAUCAACAACCUCACCUCGAACAAGUCUGCCGCCACCGCCUACUUCGACGACGCAGGCUCCAAAGUCGGCCUCAACCUUAAGUCCGGCGACAAGAUCCAUGCUUGGAUCGCCUACGACGGCGCUGCCAAGCUCCUUAACGUCACCCUCUCCCCCUUCUCUAGCAAACCCAAAAACCCCCCUCUAAUUGGGCUGAUUAAUCUCUUGCUAAUUUAUUGAUUUUAGGAGUUGCAAGCUAACUAUUUGAUAGAAUGCCUCUUAGUAAUUCAAUUUGAUUUCUAGGUUUAUGAAUUUGUUCCUUUAUUUGAACUUUUUUGGCCACUAUUUUUAAGGGAAUUCAGCUCUCAAUGACCUUUUGUAACCUAUUUUCCUAUCAAAAUGCAUGAAUAAUCAAUUUAUUCACCAUAAGUAGCAGAAUUCAAACUCCAUUUCUGGAGGGAGACUGUGCUUUUGCGAGAUGACUUAGUUAUAUUCCUUGGGUAAAUG